UUGCUAAGCCUAAUUAUAAGCAAAACAGAGAAAGAAAGGCAGAGAGAGAGCUAAGCACUAGUUAAAUAUAGCCACCUUUUAAAGAAUAGAUAUAAAGAGAGAGAGAGACAGAGAAAAAAAAAAAAUGGCACCAACAAUGGGAGCUUUUCUAGUUGUUGAAGCGAAGAAGAGCAGAGAAGAAGAGGAGAUUAGGCUUAGGAAGAGGAACAUGGAGUUGGAGAGAGAGCUUAGGAAGAGUCAGGAGAGAGAGGAGGAGAUGAGGAAGGAGCUACAGAGAGCAUGGGAGAGACUCAGAAUUGCUGAGGAGGCUGAGGAGAGGCUGUGCUCGCAGCUUGGUGAGCUCGAGGCUGAGUCUGUACACCAGGCUCGUGAGUACAACGCUCGGGUUCUUUCUCUCAUGGACCAAAUCUCAAGGACCCACCUCCCUCAAUCCUCCACCUCUUCCUCUCCUGCCUUGUUUCAAUACUGAAACCGAGGUUGAGAUGUUAAGAGUCUUGUAAUUUAAUUGGUUUAUAUCUAGAAACAUCAAGAUUCAAAUCACCCUUUUUCGAUUGUAAUUAUCGAUUUAUCCAGGGUGAAAAAUAUCAUUAACCCCUCAUGCAUCCUCUCUUCUUUUGUGUGUGUGUGUUUGCGUGUGAAUUGAGAGAGAUUUGUGUGGUGGUAAUUAGUGGUGUAAAGUUGUGAUUUUAGGAAUGUAAUGUAAGAAAUUUUUGUUCAUGAUUUUGUUAA